UUUCAUCGGUAUAAACUGUGAGUCUGUUACGACCAACAAAAGUUUUGCAGAUAUUUCUUCUCGUAACGUUAGUUCGUUGGAUCAUUUGGAUGGCUGUCAACCUGUCACCAUACGUACUGGGUUUUUCUGCUUUUUUUUGGCUACUACAGAAAGGAGGAUGAAUCAAUAAAGCUUUGCAUUUGUAUCGUGUGUUCGCCUUUUUCCCUCCUCUUCAGAAGGCGGCAGCUGAGCCAACUGAAGUCAGGAGAUAUGGGGUUGCUAAAUGGAAAUUCAGAAAUGUCCAACAUUGAGAUGGGAAGUCAAAAUAAGUACAACAGGAUGGAUUCUGAAGUUGGAGAGCAUGACAAUGAAUCUUCAAGUUACCAUCAGGAGCAAGAUAAGAUAAACAGUACCAGAAAUUAUGUUAUGACUUGCGCCUUUUUCGCUUCUGUCAAUUCUGUUCUUCUUGGUUACGAUGUUGGUGUAAUGAGUGGAGCAAUCAUAUUUAUCCAGGAAGAAUUAAAGAUAACCGAGGUGCAACAAGAAGUAUUAGUAGGGUGUUUGAGUAUUGUUUCGUUGAUAGGUAGUCUGGUAGGAGGAAGAACAUCUGAUGCAAUUGGAAGGAAAUGGACGAUGGGUAUAGGAGCAAUCAUAUUUCAAUUAGGAGGUUUGAUAAUGACUGUUGCUAAUUCUUUCCAGAUCUUAAUGGUUGGAAGACUUUUAUCAGGGAUUGGUAUCGGGUUUGGAGCAACCAUCAUGGGUGUUUACAUAGCUGAGAUAGCGCCUGCUAGCUCAAGAGGAUUUCUCACUACAUUUCCUGAGAUCUGCAUCAAUCUUGGAAUCCUUCUGGGUUAUGUCUCAAACUAUGCAUUUUCAGGUCUUCCUGCAAAUAUCAACUGGAGGGUAAUGCUUGCUUUAGGGGUACUCCCUUCUGUAAUCAUAGGAUUUGCACUCUUGGUAAUCCCAGAAUCACCACGUUGGUUGGUUCUUCAAGAUAGAGUUAAUGAAGCAAGAACGAUAUUAAUGAAAACGAUUGGAGAUGAAAAGGAAGUAGCGGAAAGACUUGAUGACAUUCUAAAAACUGCCAGCAAAGCGAAAUCCAACAACUCUCAAGAGAAAGCUGUUUGGCGUGAAAUUGUAAAGCCUAGUCAUGCAGUUUAUAAAAUGCUUGCUGCUGGUGUUGGGUUACAGUGUUUCCAACAAAUCACAGGAAUAGAUGCAUUAGUUUAUUACAGUCCAACGAUUCUUAAAACAGCUGGGAUAGAGGGUAACUCUCAGCUCUUAGCAGCUACAAUUUCUGUUGGAGUUACAAAGACAGCUGCGAUACUAGUUGCCCUUUUACUCAUUGAUAGAAUUGGUAGAAAGCCGCUGUUGUAUACCAGCACGAUUGGGAUAACCAUUUGCUUGUUUUGUAUAUCACUGAGUUUGCCAUUCAUGGGAAAAGGACCAAUUGGGAUUGCAUUGGCAAUAUUAUUUAUCUGUGGCGAUGUCGCCUUCUUUUCAAUAGGAAUAGGUCCAAUUUGCUGGGUUUUGACUUCAGAGAUUUAUCCGUUGAGGAUACGAGCUCAAGCAGUAGCUGUUGGUUUUGCGGCUAACAGGGUCUGCAGUGGGCUUGUUAGCUUGUCCUUCCUGUCUGUUUCCAACGCCAUUUCAGUGCCCGGGACGUUCUUGGUGUUUUGUGCGUUUUCUGCACUUUCGGUAGUGUUUGUCCAUAAGUUUAUUCCAGAAACAAAAGGAAAGACACUAGAGGAAAUCGAGUCUUUGUUCCAAGAGAGAGAGAGAUUAAAGGAGGGUCACUUAGACCUCGCAGACACUCGGCAUUUAGUAUCAUAAAAGUUUAGUACCAACAUUUGUUAAUUCAAUGACAUUGGCCAUACAUUGUUUUCUUGUACAAAUAUUCAUGUACCUAGAAGCAGGGAAACAAAUCAGAUUCAGAUUGCAAACAAAAAUUAUAGUUGUUUAUCUUAGGGGUUUUUCGUUCAAUACUAUUUCCUUCUCUUAA